UCUUCAUCUGCUUCUCACCUUUGCCCAGGACAGAAGCUCUCAGUGUAUGCGGGCACCAAGGGCUCUGCAAAAGUCAUUGUGCAUCCAGAUUGCCAAUGGAUUGCCCAGUUCGGGCAUUCGGGUCAACUGUAUCAGUCUAGGGUAUGUGAAUACAGAGAUGAAUGCAGAAAUCGUCCGCCAAAGGCCGGAGGUCCUUUACUAUCUCAACGAGGCACCCCCCAUGAAACGGUUCGGUCAGCAUAUGGAUCUAGCUGGUGGAUUAGUGUGGUUGAUGCCUGCGCUGCAGCAUGUGUGACCGGGGUUCAUAUUCCAAUCGAUGGGGGAUGA